GUUCGCCGCCAAAACACCAAAAUCCGGCAAAACCAAAAUUCCUCUCGAUUCCGAUGGCGGAAGAAGAAGAUAGCCCGGCAGAAGGCUUUCAAUGCGGUUGCGGCGGCGACGCCUUCGCUGACAGCGGAUACUAUUUCUGCAGAGUCUGUAAUUCUCGAGUCGAAGGCAUCACUCAGACUGACGACGCCGACGAGGGCUUGGUCAAUAAAGACGGAGGUGGUGGCGGCCUCUACAAUCAUCACUCCAAACGGCGUCGGCUGUCCGCCCGUAGUAAGAGAAACAUGGUCAAUAUCUCUUCUCUAGUCUGGCGCCGAUUUAUGGACGAGGAAUGUAGCGAGGAGAUCACAGCCAAGAAAGAGCCACAUGAGGCAAUAAAGACAAAGGAAUUCUCCUACGACGAUUACAUCAACGAGGUGCGGUGUAGGUAUGUGAGUGGGAUACAGUGGAUGAUUCAGUUGCAGUGUGAGGCUUUAGUUGGGAAUUUCAACGCCAGCCCUUUGAUCUGUGGGGUGGCUUCUGCUGUUUGGUUGAGGUUUUUGGUUACCACUGAAGUCUUCCAAGAUACGUGGGCUGAUGAGACUCUGACGAAGUCCGAGUCUCCAGAGCAAGUAGGAGAACCUACUCGUCGUAAUGUUCAUCAUGAUGAACCAUGUAAUGCAAGUGGCCAGCGCGCUGUAAUGGUUUGGUUUAGGAGAUUGAGAGAAGUAAUACCACUGGAUCACACUUUGGCUAUAUCUUUUCUGGCUUGCCAUGUCGCAAGAGAGGCAAUCUUACCAACAGAUAUAGUGAAGUGGUCAGUGGAAGGGAAACUUCCUUAUUUCGGUGCUCAUGUUGAGAUCGUGAAGCGAUUCAAUCAACCCUCGCUCGCCUGUCCUAUUAGUCCAGCCCUGAUGUUUAGGCCUUCUCAGCCAAUUCCAGUCCAGAAGUUGGAAGCAAUGGCUGCCAGGAUUGCCAAGAGAAUAGGGUUGAAUCUGCCUCCCGUGAACUUCUAUGCAGUAGCAUCUCGCUAUCUCGAUCAAUUGUCUGUUCCCAGGGAAAAGAUUCUGCCACAUGCUUGCCGCAUCUAUGAGUGGUCAAUGCCUCCAGAUUUAUGGUUAUCGACGAAUGAGUUGAGGAUUCCCACUCGUGUCUGUGCGAUGGCUAUAUUGGUUGUAUCCAUACGAAUUCUCUACAACAUUAAUGGUUUUGGUGCAUGGGAAAGGAGCUUAUGCUUAUCGAAAGGUUCAAGUGAAAUUUUUACCAAGAGUGAAGGUGUUCAGACAUCUGGUUUUGACUCCGAAGAACUCUUGCAAAACCUUGAGGCAGAGUACAAUGAGAUUGAAAAACCAUGUGAAUUUACAAAAGACAUGACAUCAUAUCUCCGGUACUGCAAGGACGUGGUAUUUGCAGGAGCCUGGUCAUCUUCCCACAGCGAUCAGUUGGAGAUAGAAGAACUGAAUGAGAAGUUGUGGGAUUCUUAUCAGAAUGCAGAGGAAGACCUUGGAACGCAAGGCAACACAUUUAACCCGAAAAGAUCACGAAGUGAUGAUGCCAGUGAUGUCUCAACUCAGUCAGCUACUCGGUCAGCAAAAAGGCAAUUCAGGGAGAUGGGUCAUGAGAGAGCACUGCAGGAUCGUAAGAAUGGCAACCCUUCCAAAGAAGCGGCUGUCAGAAAACUGAAGUCCGAAAUGGAGGAUGAUCGGUUCUGCUACAUCCCACCAAGGAUUAACGUUAAGGGAUCCGGUUACCUUCAGUACACGAGAAAACAGGAUGAGGGUGUUUUGCGAUACGUUGCACAUGCAGAUUACUACAUUUUGCUGCGUUCUUGUGCCAAAGUUGCAGGCGUUGAUGUUAGGAUCAUGCACAUUGCGGUGUUGGGUUUGGAGAGAAGGUUGGCUUGGUUGGAGAAAAGGGUUGAUCAUUGCUUGCAUUUGACGCCUCCUAGUAUUAGCUGUGACUUCUGUAGGGGUGAUACAGCAAGCCACUAAUCCAAGAAAUGCAUGAAUUUUAGGUCACUAUUUGAUCUCCAUAUUUCUCCGAAAUGUUAUAUUUUUUAUGAUGAGUUGCUAAACAAAAAUGUAGAGCAUAAACCGCUUGUUUAUAGAAAACUAAUGAAUCGUUUCUUAAAAGUCCU